AUGUAUUAAAAGGCACUCCCACUCCACUGUGGUUGGUCACACUCCCGAGUGCUUCGAAGGACUUCCGAUUUGUGCCGCUAGCUGCGAAGCUAACUUGAUAGGAGUUGAUAAACGGCAAUGCCCAACCCUAGUACCAUGUGACUUCAUGCUGUACGAAUGGUGUGAAUGUUACAAAACAUCAACUGACAACAAAAUAUUUUUUUGUAGAAAGCAUGAAAGUAUGAUGUUUUGAUGGUAGGGCAGUUUUAACAGAAAAAACACCAACUUCUCGAAUGGAUGGCACUGACGAUAACAAAGAGUGGAAUGUCAUAGGCGUUAGUUAAUGACUCUCUUAAUGACUUGUCAUUGGGUGUUUCCAAAUGAAAAUAAUUAGAGAUUGUUUUUUUCUUUUUCUUGUGAAAAAGUUUUUUUUGUGGUUUGUUUAAGGGGGGUGGAGGCCUCCAGAGGUCACCCAUGCACUCAACCCCCCCUCCCCUUAUGCUACCCUCCUUUCCUCCUCCCUUCUGCCUUGGCCAGUCUCCAUGUGCCGGGCUCAGGACCUUGGGAGUGAAUGGCGCCCGGGCUGUGUUGCGUCUUUGAAGCUAGCCAGGAAUGUGAGGCCUCUUUUCUCUCUCUCUCUUUUGCUCUCUCUCUCUUUCUCUCUCUGUUGUUCAAGCAGCCGGCAGCGUGAACAGCUAUCGGCGGCACUGGUGAAAUAUUCCCUCCGUUGAGCUCAUUGUGCACCACCGGAGAGCCGGACGUCAUCAGCCAAGCCAAUGGCUGGCUCUCACUAAGGCAGGUCUCGGAGGGAGGGGUCGGUUUUUUGGGGGAGAAAGGGGGCUUGAAGGGAAAUCUUCACUCUAAUAUCGUUGCUCUCCUGGAUACUUGGCGCUGGCCGCCCUUUUGGAAGAAAGAUGUCCUGAAACGAGAAAAGUUGUUGUUUAUAUGACGCCAUAUUGUCCCAUCCGAUGGAAGCUGUGGCCUAAGAGUCAAGAGUUUUAGGGAACCUCCCCAGCAAACAACUCCCAGAGGAUUUGAAUAAGUCAGAACGAGGUGAUAAAAUGACCUAAUUAGCGACCUGUGCUCCGCACAACCUGGUGCAAAUGCGGUGGCGGCACUUUUCCUCCUCGUACCCACACGGCAGAUCCACACGUCAGUAAAACCGCCCCCAUUGCUCCGCUAUUCCAUGGAUUCCUAUAACUUUCACUUUGAGAGAAUGAGCAACGUGGACCUGCAUCCUCUGAGCCUUCCUGUUGUCAGUCGGCUCUCCCCAGCCAAGUCCAACAGCAGCAUUGUGGAACAGUUUUCCCACCACCAACACGGCAAAGGAGAUUCCGCCUACAGUUCCUUCUCUGGUGGCUCCACCGCCCCAGACUACCCGCCUUCACUUCUCCCAGAUGACCUACACUCCGGCUCUUUCAGCCACUAUGCUGACCUUAAGUAUAUAAAAUCCAUUUACCAUCCCGGUCACCUGCAUUCUAACUCCAAGACCAUGGAUCAGUUCUAUCGCUCUAUGGAGGUCAUCUCGCAGAACUAUCGCAAUAAUACCCAUCACCAGAAUGGCAAAGAUGGUUUCCAUACCAACAACAAAACAAUAUCAGAAGUAGGUUUGCCUCUCAGGGCUCCAUCACAAGAAGAUCACGCUCCUGUUGGUCCUCCUCCAGUCCCAACAAGACAGCACAGUUUCAUAGCCGCUAAAAACUUAGAAAACAACAAGGCGGAUAUUCCAACCCAGCAGCAACCGCCCAGACUCCAUAAUCGACUCCACCAGACAGCUAAACCAGAAUUGAGCACCUCUGUCAUCACUUCUGAACCUGUGUAUUCAGAUCCCACGCCAAGCUCCUACUUCCACAUUCCCUCUUAUAAACAGACCAGAGUGUCAGUGAACACACCCACACCGUUCACCACUGAGCAGCAGAAGUCCACAAACCUUCUCAGACGACUCCCUCCUCAAGGCCUAAGCCAACCUGAGCACCUGAAGCUCAGGCAGCUAUCAAGCGGUAGCGCAUCCAGCGGAGAUGAACGUGCCCGUUUUGAAAAUCCUCGCAAAAGGUUGCAUUCCGCUCAAGACUGGCUCGGUUCGGAGCCAGCCCGACCCUGUGGUCCUCAGAAUCCUGGUCAGACAGGCUUCAUCAACAGCAGUAUCCAUCAUAAGGGUCAGUUCUACUUUGUCACAGGAGUGUGUAAACAGUCUGAAGCCAGAACGAGAGCAUAUUCUGCAUCUGUGAGUGAAGCGGUGAGUGAAUGCUCUCCCAUGUUGGAAAGACGUCAACCACAAGAACGGGAACGAUGCCACAGCACAAUGGAAAACUUAUUCAUACCCUUAAAACAGGUCCCGGAUGAAAUAGGCAAUCCGAGUAAGGACCUCAUUCCCAGAAGUUCAGAUCAGGAGAAUCACAUACCCGCCUCUUUCUCGGCCCGGUCUUCAAGGAGUUUCGAUCCCUUGGAAGAAAUCGACACGGAAAGUAACGAGAUUGGCCGCCACACUGCCAACAACCCGAUAUUCUACUGCGGACCGGAGAAAAACGGAUCCUCGCGUUCAACUUCACAAACAAAAGAAGUUCCAUCGCUUAUCAGCAAUGAAACAUCCAACCACUCCAAAAGAGACGAACAGGUCAAAAGGGGUAAAAGACAGCCGUUGACCGAUGUUGCCAGUGAUAGAAUAAACAAAGAGACCACGCCUCUUCUCUACCACCUCACUGGGGCUAACCGGACCGCUUUACAGCAAAAAAAGGACGCAGAGUCCAAUCUAAAAGACAAAGAAACUGUCCUGAAACAAACAGGUCUUCGAGAUCCAUCAAUGGACAAUGAAAGUCUCACCCAAGGAGGCGCAACCAAGGACGAUAACUCCUGUAACACCCUGGACGACGGCUUUAAAAAGUACUACAAAGAGAAGCUAAAGGAUGCUCAGUCUAAAGUCCUGAAGGAGACAUCGUUCAAAAGAAGGGACCUGCAACUGGUACAACACCGCUUCCGGCCGAAAUUGCCAACUUCGGGGAUUCACUCUUUCUCCUCAUCACAAGAUUCCGAGACUUCCACGGAUACUCUCACUCCGUCUGUGGCCUCCGAGGGCACGCAAAGAGGAAGCAUCGUGGAAGAGAGUCCUAAGGAAAUGAACGCAGAAAACACAGAAAGAGAACACUGGAGGCCGGCAAAUGUCGCUCAGCCUCAAGUGGCGUCACGCAACGGGGGCCGAAAGCGACUGACUCCGGAGCAGAAGAAGAUGUGCUACUCUGAACCGGGGAAACUCAACCAGCUCGGUAGCACACCCAGUCACUCUUCUUGUCGCUCCUUCAGCAACGAAAGCGAAAGUCUGUUUCUCGUAGAAGGUGACGGGCAGCAGGAUCACACGCAACCAGGAGAACAGGGACUGGUUGCAGCACGAAGGAAGAUGUUUGAGCCUCGCGGUCGGGCCCUCUCGGCCUCAAGCGCCUCAAAGACGAACCUGAAGCAUCUGCAGCACAAGGCACUUGUGGAGUACAUGGAGCGCAAGACCGGGCAGAAAGUGGCAGAACCCCAGCAACCGUCUGGUCCUCAGCUACCAGUACCCCCCAGACAGAGGCACUCUUUGGGCGAGAAACCUUUCGAUUGGGGUCCCAGGCCUUUAUCAGCAGGUACUGAGUGCAAGAACCCGAAGAAGAAACCGAACAGACCCCACUCUGCAGGACGCAUACUUGAUUCCUCAGCCAGCUCCGUCAGGUAUGCACAGUUUUUGCCAGCGCAAUCCUGUUCAAGCCCAUCUGCAGGGCAAUCAAACCAACUGCGAUGGAGGGACAGACAAAGCCCAUCCAAUGGGAUGUCUGCCUCAGUGGAGAGUCUCUUGGACCAACCAGAACAGCCUACAGUUUUCAGGAACAGAUCCACAUCCACACCACAUUCAUUUCAGAAGUUCAAUUUGCAGGCACCAGACGAUGAAAAUGAUCCUGUGCCAGUCAAUUCCGCCGAAACCUGCAGUUUGCAGAAGAAUCCGAGCACCGCAGUGCAGUCAACCCCUGAAGCCCAGCAGUCUAUCCGUGUGGUAGCUCAUAGGGGGAAGUCCAUGGAAGAACUGGGCACAUCCAAGUUAACAAGGCUCUCGGCUCUCAGUAAGAGUUCUGAGCAGCUGGAUCAAGACGGAGACAUCAGGAACAUUUCAUUCUUCUCUGAGGCCAGGAAGAAAGAACCAGACACCGCUAACCAAGGACAGUUAAAGAAACCAUCCAUUUUGAAGCAGAACUCUGACCCAUCCCCAGGAGAUGAAGAGAAUACCGGACCUAAAGCCGCUACAGGACUAAUCACCUUGAGUGGAUCCCAUUCUCCGACUAGUUUCCCCUCUCAGGGUCAGUCAGUUUCUCCUGGAUCUCACAGCCCCGCCUCCGAGUCUUCUAACCUUCAUUUCCCUCGAGCACAAGACGCCUGUGAGAGGGAGGUCAAGUCCGCCUCCAGAAGAGUCCAGAGUUCCUCUGAUUCAGAGCGGCGACCUUCAGUGGAGGAACCGGGCCAAGAUGUUCCCCCGCUUGACUCCCACCACGAAGUGUCCCUGAGCUGCGGCGUAACCACAGAUCCAUCCUUAUGGAUCCCACCUCCAGAGGAGCAGCAGCCCAAAGAAGAUGUGCAGACUCCAGACAGUGAAUUUGAGGACCUGGUCCUUUUGCUCCCUCCUGCACAAACAAACGAAACCUCCGUCUGUGAUUCAGAUGUCAGUGUGAACGAAGCGGCGGUCACGGAAAAGAAUCCCAAAACUCAAGAUGAGGACCCUAGAGAGAAUGAGGAAACGACGAGUUCGGAGAGGCCUGACAAGAGGCCAACGUGGGAGGAGCUUGUAGCGGCUGUGGUCAAAGCUGACCAAUCGCUGGCCUCUGUCUUCUAUCCUUUAGCCAAUCGUAAGACUGCGCUGAUGCUGAUGGAGCAGCUUCUGUCGGAGGACACGCUGCUAAUGGAGGAGCACUACAAGAAGAAACAGGAGCAGCAGAGAGGGAGCUGUGAGACCAUUGGAGAUGCUGAACAACCCCCACUUCCACCUGACGGCCAUCAACCUCCAAGCAGCGAGUCCCACAGCCAAGAUGACUUCUCAGAGAAGAAGGGCUUAUUAGCGUCCUACAUCGAGGAGCGUCUGCGUUCGCUGGAGGACACGCGGCGUGCCCUCCAGGCCGAGAUCCAGCAGAACGUAUCCCACGGCGAGGCACUGGAGGUGCUGGUACGCGAACGAUGUGUACCCCUGGAGCUCGAGAGGUACAACCUGUUCAUCGGAGACCUGGAGAGGGUGGUCAACCUGCUUUUGUGUCUCUCCGCCCGGCUGGCGAGGGUCCAGAAUGCCUUGAGCACGGUGGAUCAGGACACGGACGCGGAGGAGAAGCAAUCUCUGGACAGUCGCUACCGCCUGCUGUGCAAACAACGCGAGGACGCCAAAGACCUGAAGGACAACCUGGACCGCAGGGAGAGCCUGGUGUCCACCUUCCUGUCUCGCCAGCUGUCCGGAGAGCAGCUGCUGGACUACCGGCGCUUCGUGCAGACCAAGGCCUCGCUGCUCAUACGGCAGAAGGACCUGGAGGAGAAGCAGAGGUUGGGGGAGGAACAGCUGGACGCCCUCAACAAGAGCCUCUGAGGGGGGCGGGGACCCUCUUUGGACCUAAGGUUGGAAGUGGUCCAGCUAAUAUGCCCGGUCUUCUACAGACCGGUCCAUAGUCGCUAAAAGCCCCCCUUGGGGAGAACACAUCCUGCCACUUUUCAACCCCCUGUGCCUUGACUUCCGUGUUGACGUUGCAGCUCCUUGCGUGUCCACAAGGAGGAGCUGUUCAGCUUUAAGAUUGUAUUGAAUGGAGUCACAAGGCACUAAAAACCAAAAGGAAAGCACUUUGUCAUAAUAAUAAUAAAUAAUAAUAAUAACAAUACAUAAAUGCACAUUUCUUUAGGAAAAAAAUCAUCUUUACUCCAUCCAGAUAUUUCACUUAUUUUGAAAUAUUUUAUUGUGGUUAAUUCUAAACACUAUUUGCAGGUGACAUUAAAGACAAAAAACAAAAUAAUUAACAAAAAAAAUACACAUAAUACUUGAAAUAGUUCUUUAUUUAAUUUCUCAAUAGAUGACACAUUUUAAAACAAUUCCUCUUUUUUUUUUUUUACUUCCUUUUACUCGAAUGUCAUAGCCGACGCAUCAGAUUUGUACAAGUGAUGUUGAUCAACAUCAAAAUGUGUGUGUGUGUGUGUGUGUGUGUGUGUAGAGGUUAGAAUCCUCUUUGCUGUGGUAUUUUUUAAUGUUUCAUGGUUUAAUCACAUUUGGCUUAAAAAAAAACAAAAACAUCCAAUGUGUGGUGUGGACUGUUUUGUACAGUAUAUUUAUGUAUUCAAUAGCAUCAUGUGUUUUAAAAAAAACUGUUUUGGUCUUGGAGGACGCACAAAGACUCUUCGUCUUUUGCAGGAAUCCCAAAACAUUUUUGAGAAAGACACAAAAAGACAAUGUUAGUUUGGAUCGCGUACGUCCUUGACGCAAUUUUCCUCAAGGAAAGAGAGACAAAUCAGACAUUUUGAUGAUGUCACUUCUUUUCUUUUUUUCUGCUGAGUCACAUGUGCCUGUUUGGAGUUGUAAAUUCCGCCCUGUUGGCCUGACUGUCAAUAAAUUAAGAACACUCA